AGGGGUGGGGGCUCUUCCCGGAGCCCAGAGGUUUGUGUACCAAAGCCUUUGUAGAUUGGGCGGAAGAGUUUCUAAUUGCUUAAAGACGAGAGCCUGGUGCCCUCACCUGUUCCUCGGGAAUCCUCUACGGGCUGCAAAACUCAAGGCAGCAAUGUCGGAGGCCUGCCCCGCCCCCUCCACUUUUUCAUCCUCCACCACACCGGGGAGGCCUGGGCCAAGCUUGGUUAAACACCUGUUCCUCCAUGGAAAGGCCUCCAGGGCCGGAGCCUUCCUCUCCCAGGGCGAGCGCAAAGUCUGUCCGUACUGAGUGGACAGACCUGGCUGGUUUCUACCCCGCCCCCACCCCAACCCCCACGGCCUGGAACUCCCAGGGACCUAGUUAAUCCCAGAGCCAGGAGCCCGGACCCCACCGCGCUCCCCUUCAGGACCCAGAGGUUCGGGCCGCCCUUCUGGGGCCCAUCUCUUGGGAGGCAGCCUCCAUUCUGCGAGCUCGGGACAGCGCAGCCGGCCCGGGCAUGGGGGGAGAGGGGGCGCCCAGCUGAUCCCGCUGCCAGGGCAGCGCCCCCGGCUUCAGCUGGGAGGGGGCCGCGGUGAUGGCAGACAGCGGCGGCCCCAGCAGCCCUGGCCCCGGCAGUGGCAGCUCGGACCCCUGGUGGAAAUCGUUAACCUUCGGUAGCAAGAAGAAGGGCAAGGACAGCGGCGGGGCCCCGGGAAGUGGAGGACCGCAGCCUGCAGCCUCAGUGGCGCCACAGCCGGGGCCUAGGGAGCCCUCUCCUCCCGGCCGGGACCCCAGCGAGCCCCCCAAGCUCGAGGGCUCGGCAGGGGAGAAAGCGAGCGGCAGCCGCCGCAACCUGAAGAUCUCCCGUUCUGGCAGGUUCAAGGAAAAGAGGAAGGUGCGAGCCACGCUGCUCCUCAAGCCCCCGGACGAGCCGGACUGCCAGUGCGCCCCUCACGACUCCAAGCGGUAGCCCCAGCGAAGUGCGGCUCUGCCCCUGAGGCUGGCCACCUCCGGAUUGGGCCCCGGGGCUGUGGCGGGGGUCCCCGGAUUUUCCAGCUGCUGCCGGAGGGCAUUCAAGCGGAUGGUUUUCCUGACUCCCAGCGUCCCUCCUCCAGCCCCGCUUUCGAUUUUGAGAGGGAGAGGAGGGAGUUCUCCAACUCUGCUCAGCCGUAGCGGAGCUUUUAGUGUGAUUCAGGGCUUCUCUCUGAAAAGAAAGUGCCUGGACAGGAUCUCCUGAAUGGGAAAAGCGCUUUAAAAGUGUCAGUAGCAGCCCACCGUGGGGCCAACACGCUGAGGACCUUUGCUGCCCAGAAGUGGAAAGCGCCAGAAAUGCCGGCAUCAGCCUCUGUGUGACCUUGGGCAAGUCGAGACCCUGCGGGCUUUCCCUCUUCUGUGAAGUAAGGGGGCGGACGAGCCGAGCUCCAAGGGCCCUUCCUGCCCCCCCCAGCCCCCCUAAUCUGUGGUCUGGGCAGUCCGGACUUCUUUCCAUCAUGCAGUCCCAAACUGGAAUAACUCUUUUAGGGGGGCCCAUUAAAAGUGACUGCAGUGGCACAUUUUAA